CACGCAGCCAAGAUCAUCUGCUUUAAUUUCUUGGGAUGCGAUCGUGAAGCCGCUGGGGAGAUGGUACGGCAACAAAUGUCUUGAUAGCACCCACGAUUCACGCCCAUCAAAGCUAUCACGCAUUGUGACGACAACAUCUUGCAACGGCUAUGUUCGCUCAGAUAUCCAUCGGACCUCAUGUAGUGUCCAUUCCUGGCUCAAAUAGCAGCCUUUGUCUAUGUUGGCGUUGCCACCGAUUCAUGCGUGCGUAUAGCAUCGCAAAAAGCCAUAAAAUUAUGUCCGCCCAACCGGACUCUCUGCAGUAGCCACAACACAAUGGGAUAGGGGGCUCCUCGAAAAAUCAUCUACGAUCUGCUCUCUUUUUGACGAGGCUCCUAUCAAACGUCCACGUCCAGAUACGGGCGAUGGACCAUUGUUUCCCGUCACACAGUUCCCGGCUCACCACCAAAAACAUUACUCCAGAUACAGGAGGCGGACGCACUGAUACCAUACUCGUUUCUGUAUUAGCCGCCCACCGGUUUGCACAGUCGUUUUCCCCUUCUCCGGUCUAGGCUCCUGGAAUGGUCGCUCGCCGCUAUGAUUGCCACAAGAUCCGAUGGCACACAAUUUUGACGUUUGGCGUAACCGCAUUCGCCGGCGACCCCUCGCGUCCGGCGAAAAAAAAAGAGAAAAAAAAAAGUUGCAGUCAAGCGACCAACCGGUGGCGCGCCAUGGUUGCUCACUGGCUGCGACCGGAUUGGCCGAUGGUGCUUGAUCGGGGAGGACGUGCAGCUUUUAGCGUCAUCGGACGUCGUCAACGCCUGACGGAGUGCACCGAACCGGAAAUAUCAAAAUGGCACAAAAAUCAAACAGCGCCUGGGGUUAAAAAUGCAGUCACGAAUCCCCCUCGCGCCAUAGUCAGCGAUUUCAUUAUAAGUUUUUUUUUUUCUUCGGUUCAGCGACCUACCAAAAGUCGUUCUACCGGUCAAACGGUAUACACUUGCUUUGUCUAUCGCGUUGGCGUCUUUUUUCUGAGUCGGCUUCAGUACCCAGCAUCAACCCAUUUGAGCUUAUUAUAUAAGCUGAUCGCG